GUCACUCGGCAGUCGGCUCGAUUAUUGUGACUUGUGAGAAUAUUUUUUUUUUUUAUUUGGUAAAACUUUUUACAUUUACCAAGCUAUCUCAGCUUUUUUAUUUAUGGUUCGUCGAUCCAUUAGCCUUCAUUGAUUUUAGGAGUGUACCUAAGAGCUGAUCGUGCGUCAAAAGACUUCCAUUACAGAUUAGUUGACGGUUGUUUUCGAUCGGCGACUUGUGACUUUCGGCCAGCGGAAUGUCGCGUCAUUAGUGGCGUUGCCGUUUAUCUUUUCUUUUGGUAUUCAUAAUUAAAGUGUAUUAAACACUGUGUAGCAACAAAUGGCGAGUCCUUCGCCGAACCCGAUGGGACCGCCUGGUUCCAACCUCCAGCAACAACAGCCCCCGCCGAUACAACAACCGCAACAGCAACCACCACAACAACAACCACAACAGCCGCCUCAACAACAGCAGAUGCAGUCACCGCAACAGCAACAGCAACCACCUCCUCAACAACAGCAUCCACAACAACAGCAACCGCCCGGGCCACCGCAACCAUUACCGACACAAAACUAUUCGCCAAGUCAACCAGGGCCUCCAGCGUCGCCGAACAUUCAGCAGGGCACGCAAACCUUUCCGCCUCCAGGAAUUCAAUCAAGUGGCCCUCCACAAGAAAAUUUGAAUGCAUUGCAAAGGGCUAUUGAUUCAAUGGAAGAGAAAGGAUUACAAGAAGAUCCUAGAUAUUCUCAAUUGUUGGCGCUUAGAGCUCGUCAAGGUAAUAUGGACCCAAAUCAGAGACCACCUCCUUCAAUGCAAGGAAAUUAUCCACCUCAUCCUGACAAGCCACCAUCGCCUCAGCAAAAUUCUCCAAAUCCAAAUGGUCCGAUCGGACCACCAUCACAAAGUAACUUAACGCAAUCCCAAAUGCAACAACUCAGAGUUCAGAUUAUGGCUUAUAGACUACUGGCUCGCCAACAACCGUUGACCCAACAGUUGGCUAUGGCUGUCCAAGGCAAAACUCCUCCUCAAGGCUAUCCCCCUGUACCUUCACCACAUCAUCGUCAAUUAGAACCAGGAGAAAUAGUGGAUAAUAAUAUGUGUAUGCAACCGACUUCUGCUCCCAUGAGAGGACCAUUGCCGCCAAUGCAAAACCCUCCUCGACAGUCUUUGCCAUCUGGUCCAGUUCCACAGUCUAUACGCAUGCCGCAAUCUGGAGCAACUCCACAACUUCCUCAAAUACAACCAACAUCGAGUGUUCAACAUCCACAUAGCCAACCACAGAACCAACCUCCAUCGACAAUUGUCAAUGGACCUCAACCACUUCCUCCGAGUAUGGGACCAACGCCACCAGUCAAUAUGCCACAAACGCCACAAAUUUCUGCACCUCAACCAGUUGGUCAACCACCAAUAGGUGGAGGAGUUCCUCAGCAACCCAUGAUGGGCGGACCACAACAAAUGACAGCAGGAGUUCCACCGCACAUGCCUAACAUGCCUACUACAAAUGGGCCAUCUCAUCAACAACCAUCACCUCAGCAACAACAGCCGCAGCAACAGCAACCUCAGCAGCAGCCACAACAGCAGCAGCAGCAGCAAACACCUGGUCCACCAGCUCCUCCUAAACAAAACAGAACUACAACCUGUCCUAAACCGGUUGGAUUAGACCCUCUCAUCAUUUUACAGGAACGAGAAAACCGCCUAGCUGCUCGAAUUGCCCAUCGUGUCAAACAGUUGAGUAAUUUACCCACAACGAUGAGUGACGAUUUACGAAUUAAAGUAGAAAUUGAGCUAAGAGCAUUGCGAGUUUUAAAUUUCCAAAGACAAUUAAGAGCCGAAGUAGUAGCCUGUACUCGUAGAGAUACUACUUUGGAAACUGCGGUUAACGUUAAAGCAUAUAAGCGAACAAAACGACAAGGUCUGCGAGAAGCAAGGGCAACAGAAAAAUUAGAAAAACAACAAAAAUUGGAAGCCGAACGAAAGAAACGACAAAAGCAUCAAGAAUACCUCAGUACAGUACUACAGCACUGUAAAGAUCUUAAAGAGUACCAUAGAAACAAUAUCGCUAAAAUAGGAAGGUUGAACAAAGCCGUGCUCAAUUAUCAUGCUAAUGCUGAGCGCGAACAAAAGAAAGAACAGGAGAGAAUUGAAAAAGAACGUAUGCGUAGAUUGAUGGCAGAAGAUGAAGAAGGAUACAGAAAAUUGAUCGAUCAAAAGAAAGAUAAGCGGUUAGCGUUCUUAUUGUCGCAAACUGAUGAAUACAUUGGAAACCUCACGGAAAUGGUUAAAGAGCAUAAAUUAGAACAAAAGCGCAAACAACAGGAAGAACAAAAAAAGAAAAAAAAGAAGGAUGGCCCUGAGGACUUAGAUGAAAGUUCGCAACAAUCGGACAUGCAUGUUUCAGUUAUUGAACAGUCAACUGGCAAAACAUUAAAAGGAGAAGAAGCUCCAUUGACGUCACAAUUGAACAGCUGGUUGGAAGCUCAUCCAGGUUGGGAAGUAGUUGAAGCAUCAGAUGAUGAAGACGAUGACGAACAAGACGACGAAGAAGGAAGCAACCUAAAAAGCAAAAAGACAACUGUCGAAAAGGAAAAUGAUCCAGAGCCGAUUAAAAAGACCAAAAUGGACGAUGACGAGUAUAAAAAUGCAUCUGAAGAACAUACUUAUUACAGUAUUGCUCAUACAAUUCAUGAAAGUGUUACUGAGCAAGCUUCAAUUUUAGUUAACGGUAAUCUCAAAGAAUACCAAAUAAAGGGUCUCGAAUGGUUGGUAUCAUUAUUUAACAAUAACUUAAAUGGAAUACUCGCUGAUGAGAUGGGUUUAGGAAAAACGAUUCAAACUAUUGGACUAAUUACCUAUCUUAUGGAAAAAAAGAAAGUCAACGGACCCUUCUUAAUUAUUGUGCCUUUGUCAACAUUAUCCAAUUGGGUAUUGGAAUUUGAAAAAUGGUCUCCAUCUGUUUGUGUGGUCGCAUAUAAAGGCUCCCCAAUUAUGCGUCGCACAUUACAAGCACAAAUGCGUUCUUCUAAAUUCAAUGUGUUAUUAACAACAUACGAGUACGUCAUUAAGGAUAAAGCAGUUUUGGCCAAAUUGCACUGGAAAUACAUGAUUAUUGACGAAGGACAUCGUAUGAAAAAUCAUCAUUGUAAAUUAACUCAAGUCCUAAACACUCAUUACAAUGCUCCACACCGACUACUGUUGACUGGUACACCUCUACAAAACAAACUUCCAGAACUUUGGGCUCUGCUUAACUUUUUACUACCAUCUAUUUUCAAAUCCUGUUCCACGUUCGAACAAUGGUUUAACGCACCAUUUGCAACUACAGGAGAAAAAGUGGAAUUAAACGAAGAAGAAACUAUUUUGAUUAUUCGUCGUUUACACAAAGUGUUACGUCCAUUCUUGUUACGUCGUCUAAAGAAAGAAGUGGAAUCACAGUUGCCCGAUAAAGUUGAAUAUAUUGUCAAAUGUGAUAUGUCUGGUCUCCAACGAGUGUUGUACAAACACAUGCAGAGUAAAGGUGUGCUGCUCACCGAUGGUACGGAAAAGGGCAGCAAAGGCAAGGGUGGUGCAAAGGCUCUUAUGAACACUAUCGUUCAGUUGCGUAAGCUUUGCAACCAUCCGUUCAUGUUCCAAAGUAUCGAAGAAAAAUUCUGUGAACAUGUCGGAACUGCUGGCAAUGUUAUUCAGGGACCGGAUUUAUACAGAGUGUCUGGAAAAUUUGAAUUACUGGAUCGUAUCUUACCAAAACUGAAAGCCACCAAUCAUAGAGUUUUGUUGUUUUGUCAAAUGACACAGCUAAUGACCAUCAUGGAAGAUUAUUUAGGUUGGCGAGGAUUUGCAUAUCUAAGAUUAGAUGGUACCACUAAAGCCGAAGACAGAGGUGAUCUGUUGAAGAAAUUUAAUAGUGCUGGCAGUGAAUACUUUUUAUUCUUGUUGAGUACAAGAGCCGGCGGUCUUGGUUUGAAUUUACAAGCGGCCGACACGGUUAUUAUAUUUGACUCGGAUUGGAAUCCCCAUCAAGAUUUACAAGCUCAAGAUCGUGCCCAUCGUAUAGGUCAAAAGAACGAAGUUCGAGUAUUGCGCCUUAUGACUGUUAAUUCCGUGGAAGAACGUAUUUUGGCUGCAGCGCGUUAUAAAUUAAACAUGGAUGAGAAAGUUAUCCAAGCUGGUAUGUUUGAUCAAAAAUCUACAGGAUCGGAACGACAACAGUUUCUGCAUUCUAUUCUCCACCAAGACGACGGUGAUGAUGAGGAAGAAAAUGAAGUACCAGAUGACGAAGUUGUGAACCAAAUGAUUGCUCGGUCGGUAGACGAAUUUGAAUCAUUCCAAAAAAUGGAUAUUGAGCGUAGGAGAGAGGACGCAAAACUUGGUCCUAAUCGAAAAUCCAGACUCAUUGAAAUUUCAGAAUUACCAGAAUGGCUUGUUAAAGAUGAAGAUGAGGUCGAAAGAUGGACGUAUGAAGAAGAUUCAGAGGAAAUAAUGGGACGGGGUUCUCGCGCUCGUAAAGAAGUGGAUUACACAGACAGUUUGACGGAAAAAGAAUGGUUAAAAGCAAUCGAUGAAAACGUCGAAGAUUUCGAUGAAGAUGAAGAAGAAGAAGUUAAAUCAAAUCGCAAAGGCAACCGGGGGAAAAAAAGGGGAAGAAGAAAUGCCGAUGAUGAUGACGAUCCUCCGAUUAGAAGACGCAAAACAGUUGGACCCGAAGAAAUGAAGCUCCGUAAAAAAAUGAAAGCCAUCAUGAAUAUUGUUGUCAAGUAUACGGACGCUGAUUCCAGAAUAUUAAGCGAACCAUUUAUGAAGUUGCCGUCCAGACACAAACUACCUGACUACUAUGAAAUAAUAAAAAAACCAAUGGACAUAAAGAAAAUUAUGACUAAAAUCGAAGACGGAAAAUACGCCGAUUUAAAUGACCUCGAAGCAGAUUUCACACAACUAUGUAAGAAUGCACAAAUAUACAAUGAAGAAGCUUCACUGAUUCAUGAAGAUUCUAUAGUCUUACAAUCAGUGUUUACUAACACUCGUCAACGACUUGAGACUACUGACGUUAGUGAAUCUGGGCCAGAAGAAGGCACUAAAAGUGAAGACGAAGUGUCGGAUGCUGAUACAACAUCGUCUUCGGUUAAAAUGAAGCUGAAAAUGAAAAACCGCGGUAAAGGUUCCGAAGUGCGAACUUCUAAUCGACGUAAGAAGAAGAAGCAAGUCAGUGAUGACGAAGACGAUGAGGAAGAUUCUAAUUUGUAGUUCAUAAAAAAUUUUAAGUACUUUUUAGAUUUUUAAAUUUGAUAGAAACUUAAUUUAAAAUGUUAUUUUAGGAAUAUUUUUUUUUUCUAAAAUUUUAAUAACUAGAUUUAGAUGAUAACAAUUAAAAUGAUAAAUAUAUAUAAAUAUGAUUGUUUAUAAUUAAACUUAUACAAAUAUUA